UGAUGAAGCACCACAAAACCAGUGGAAAACAUAACAUCACUGACACGACUCCUCCCGCUUCCUCUGCUAGGGGUUAAAGACAGCAAGCACAAAGACUCAGAAGCUUGGACCUGGGAAGCCUUCUUGGGAGGAUGCAGCUGCUCAUGCUCCUGUUGACCUUCUUUCUGCCCCUAAGGACAAGGGCAGAGGAGAUCAUCGGGGGACACGAAGUGAAACCCCACUCCCGCCCCUACAUGGCCUACCUUCAGAUCCAGUGUAAUAAUUCCCCGACGAAGUGUGGUGGCUUCCUGAUACAUGAGAAGUUUGUGCUGACAGCUGCUCACUGUGCAGGGAGCUCAAUAAAUGUCACCCUGGGGGCCCACAACAUCCAGCAACAGGAGAAGACACAGCAGGUUAUCCGUGUGAGAAAAGCCCUCCCCCACCCAGAAUACAAUCCUAAAAUCUUCACCAACGAUAUCAUGCUGCUGCAGUUGGAGAAAAAGGCCAACCUGACUAAAGCUGUGCAGCUUCUCAGGCUGCCCAAGGGCAAGACCCGGGUGAAGCCAGGUACCCUGUGUCAGGUGGCUGGAUGGGGACGUUUGGCCCCAAACGGGAGAUUUCCAAACACACUGCAGGAGGUGGAGCUGACAGUGCAGAAGGAUAAGGAGUGUGAGACCCGCUUUCAAAAGCAUUAUGACAGUGCUACUGAGAUGUGUGUUGGGGACCCAAAGAUUAAAAAAGCAUCUUAUCAGGGCGACUCUGGAGGCCCGCUCGUGUGUAAUAAUGUGGCCCAGGGCAUUGUCUCCUAUGGACCAAAAAAUGGGACACCUCCACGUGUCUAUACCAAAGUCUCACGUUUUCUAAGCUGGAUAAAGAAAACCAUGAAACACCACUGACUGCAGGGAGCAGAGUAAGCCCCUCUCUGAGCAACUUUCUUUCAUGGAGCUCAGACCAGAACUGCACUAGAGCAGAUGCCAGUAACUAAAUAAACGUCUCAUCUCAGUAA